UGGAGAGAGUAAUAAUACUUGCACACACACCUGGAAACUUUCUCAGUUUCUGGCAAACCAAGUAGCUUUCUGCAUAACCAUCGCUGCAUACAUAUGAAAAUACACAUGAACAAGGUUUCCUGGUUUUCGUUAAACACAAAAAUCAUAAAAAGCCAUAAGUGCACUCCUUUUUUUGCCAGGUGCUACUGCUUUCCGCACAAAAGUCAAACAGUUUCAAAGUGAAUCUCUCUCGUUUACUAGCUUGUUGCUUAUUUUGGGGGACAUACUGGCUUACAUCAUCUUCAUGACGGGCAGUUUAUGCAAAGUAAUCAUCCAAAACGAGUCCAGCAAGCAAGGUGUCAAACUUCACGUAACUUUACGUUCACAUCAGCAUCUUGUUCUAUAAUAAAUCCGGAAUGCUUUCUCACAAGUUUUGUAUGACAUGAAGCAGACUGGAUUGCCAUUCAUCAUACUAAUUACAUUAUCAGACAUUAUCGUGAAGAUAUUUUAAGUUACACAAACUCGUGGAAUUGCGAUUGUGUUUGAUUUGGUGAGUGAGUGUUGCCCAGUUAUGUUUGCCGAGUGUAAUAUAUACAUGUAACCAUUACAAAUAAUAAUUCUGUUUUCCGUUUCAUCCUGUGCAAAUGUCAGAUAAGAGUUGGUUUAGUUUGUAAAAUUCAUGACAUGGGGUGAAAUACAACCGCUUGCAUUACUCACAUAUUCCAAAGAGCAAAGCAGUUUCGUGAUUGCAUGUCCUCGAUAUAUUUUUAAAAUUAUUAUAUACAAAUCCCGACGCAAUAAAUUGUGCUUUAAAGUUCGCUAGUGGUGAGUGGAUCGUAAAUUUAAAUCUGAAAAAUAACUGACCGUUUUCAGUCAAGUGAGUCACUCAGUGCGAGUUUGAGUGGGGAGUUAUUUUGCGGGCGCUGAUAUUACUUUGCAGUUAAUUUCCUGCAAGAUUCGUGUGCUUCUCGUUAAUUUCACCUUUAAGAUUGUUUGAGACGAACGUUCUUCAAUCGUUUAUUUAUCUAUUUUUUUAGCCGAGACAAUAAUGAAAUCCAUUUCGUCCAAAAUUUAUUUUACUAAAUAACAAUGAACUAUAUUUUUUACAUUUCAUAAGAUCCUAUUAAAAAUUAUGGUGAUGAGUGGAUUUAUGGGUUUUGUGGGUGUGGGGCUCCUAUUAUUUCUGGGGGGCAGUAACGGCCAAAAUCUCGUCAAUCUGACAGCACCACGAAAUGAGUCGCUGACAACAGUAAAUACUUGUUGUGCAAUCGAUCUUCAAAGCGAUAUUCCAGUGAAAUGUGGGAAUCAGGACGAUCAAAUGACCUCGUCGGCAUCUCUGACAGUCCCAGCUCAUUUGAUGGCUGAGAAUACAAGCUUCUCUUUUGGGUUGGCUGUUCGUCCUAUAAAUUGUUUGGAUGGUGAACAUGAUACUGUUGGAAUGAUUUGGAAUAUUUCUGCAGGACGAGGUGCGUCAUUUUUCCUGAAUAAUGGCUACCUUAAACUUAUAGAUCACUACUUUCAUCAAGACGAGUACUGUAUUAACGGGAAAAAUGCAACGACUUUAGAAAUCUCUGUUUGUCCUCAAAAUUGCAAAGGGCCACGUCCAUGCAUUGUUAAAUGCUGUGGAUUGCAUCAAGUCUACAAUUUCGCCUUCACGCCAAACUCCCCUCAGAGAGGAUGUCAAAAUCCGAGUCCGGAGGGGAAUUAUUUUUCUCCAGUGCUGUACAAAGAUUUUGAACACGAAUCCCUAAAUCCUGGACAGCUUGCCCCACACUACAUUGAAAAAUACCCUUCCACCUUCAAGUACCAGUGUCAUGAAAAUAAAACGACGCUAUUUCUGUUUCCUCGCACAGCGCAAACUAUUGCAAGUCACACUGGUUUUAAUGUAACUGGUCACCCAUUUAAAAUUAGAGAUGAUGGAAAAAUCUUGUAUCGAGAGCAGGACGGAGUUUGCGCCGUUAUUGAUCCCUUAUCCAUGAAUAUUUGCGUAGAUGCAAUCACAAAUUUCGCACCGGAAUUUACAUCCUUUAAUAAUCAUCCUGAAGAGCUCGUGAUUUUCUUGUGCUCACUCAAACCAAAAGAUGGAGAAGCUGAAGAAGGAGGAUUCUUUUAUGGUAGUUUAAUGAUUGGGAGCUCGGUUUUUCUGCUUUUAACUAUCGCUGUCUAUUUCAUGCUAUGGGAAAGACAAACGGUUCACGGGUGGACAAUUCUAUCGCACACGAUCUCCCUCUUUCUCAUGUACAUCUUCCUGGGCACCUCACACAUCCUGCGUGUAACGAUCGGUCAUUCCAUUCUCAACACACAGUUUUGUUUUGCGAUAGGUUUGCUGUGUCACUUUUUCUUCUUAUCCACUUUCUGCUGGCUCUCCAUGAUCAGUAUUGAUCUCUGGCUAACAUUUAGGGCGAUAACACCAAGAAGAGGAACCAAGUCAAAGGGAUUCAAGCGUUACACCUUCUACUCCGUUGUGGGGUGGGGGGUUCCCGCCAUAAUUGUGGGGACGGGGUGGACGCUAACUAAAGAACAUCCUGAAAGGACAUGCGGCACGGUGAUAACUCCGGGAUAUGGAAUAACUUCCUGCUAUUUGCAAGAGAAAGCAUUGGGAGCUUAUCUUUACUACCCGAUCGCGAUGAUGAUUGGAAUCAAUCUCCUCUUUUUUACAGUGACAUCAGUAAAGUUGUACAUGUAUCAAAACAGCACUAAAAUUGCAACUAAGGAUGACACCCAGCAGCAAUUCUAUCGACUGUUCUUCAAGCUAUUUUUUGUGAUGGGAAUUCUGUACAUUUUUGAACUGAUUUCGUGGGUUAUUUCUGGCUCUGGCGUCUUUUGGUACUGGGCAGCUUUUGAUUGCUUGAAUAUUCUUCGAGCAGUUGCAGUUUUCAUUAUUUUUGUGUGCAAACCCGACAUCCUUUGGGCUUUGGAGCAAAAUUACCCUUGGAUAAAGCCAAUACUCAUCCCGUUCGCAUGCAUCACACGCAAGCAGCGCACGUUUUCUCAGCGACGUGAAUCAGAGUCAAUUGGGCUUAACUCAUCUCUCAGCACGAAACAAAGUACUCUUCGAAGCACGAGUCGAAAUAUCAGCAGCCGAAUAAUGGAUUAAUAAUCUCUGGCCGAGCACAACUGACAUUUCUGCACUAAUUAAUCUGCUAUAAAUUUGCUGGAAAAUGCCAAAACAAUUUUCUGAAUAGAUUAUUACAACUAUUGUAAUUACACGUUAUGCUUAUGCAAUCUCAGCUAGAAAUUUUAAUAUCGUGCCAUAGUUAAUUAAUAUGCAUACACAGAAUAUUUAGAUUCUGCACGUUAUCUCAAACUAAACUUGUACAUAAUAUGAAUCUGUUUAACUCUACGUUUGUGCUAGUAUUCCCAUGCAACCCUAGUCAUGAGACAUAUUCCUAAUGCUUGGUAUUAUUGUGCUUCCAAUCCAAAGGAUUUAUCACAAUGUACAAUACAUCGAUAUGUACGCUUAAUAAAAUGUUUAAAACUUGA